AUGAUGUCCACGCCUGUUAGGCCUGGGAAAUUCGACCUCACUGCUUUCCCUUAUCACCACUUUGCUCGUUUUCCCGUGCAUCUCCCCGUUCCCACGGUGAUGGGGGAAAAUGAGUGUACACAAGACGACUGUCAGUAA